AUGUUCUCUCGCCUGUUCUUCAAUGCGGCCGUGCUUGCAGCGCUGGCGGCCGCAGCGCCCGGCCUCCGAGGUCUCACGAACACGAGCAACGCGACUGUGACACAGCGCUCCGCAAAUGGCUGCGACUGCUCCUGGAUUGCCAACGAUGACUGCAUCAACCAGGACCCCUGCGCAGUCUCCUGCCGCCAGUCGCACGGGUCGCCUUGCUCCGUUGGGGCCGCCGGUGGUGCUCAAAGCGGUGGCGCUCAAAGCGGUGGUGCCCAAAGCGCUGCAGCAUGCCAGGCAACUUGUGAUUCCAGCUUCGGCAGUUGCAACCGCUGGUGCCACAUUCCACCUGGUGGAGGACCAUACUACACAGAUGCAGAGGAGCAAGCUUUGAAGGGCGAAAUCAUGCAGUGUGAGGGCAGAUGCACCGUGACGCGGGGCACGUGCUACCAGAGCUGCUAG